AUGGCGACGUCGCCGAAGUUCAUGCAUGAAGCAGAAGAAACCGAAUACGGAAGUCCUAUAAGGUACUUACCCCUACAUCACGUCUACUGUGCUACUUCUCCUUGUGACGGCGCUAGUGGAUCCUCAAACGUCAUGUCUGAGAAAGUGAAAGCUCGAGCUCGAGAGCUCAUCGACGAACCUAACGGUGACCCUCCAAAUGAUUCGGACGAAAAAGGGUCACAGUCGCAGUCGUCCCUUAUCGUAAAUGUCUACACCAGGAGGGCUAAGAGGCAUCGGCAUUGCAUGGAGAAGCGGGUUGAAUCAGAAUCGAAGAGCCCUAAUGGGGAUGAUAAUUCGGGUAAGAAUCGAGCUGAUGAAUUGAAGGUUGGGUUGGGUUCAGUUGAGACCAAGAGAAUAGUUAAGAAGAAUAAGAAAGCGGACAAGUACGAGCUGAUCAAAUUGGGAGUAGAGUCGACUCUUUUUCACGGUCUUGAUGGGCCUGGGUCUUGUGAUAAGAGCGAUCCAGAUGGUACAAGCAGACUGAAAUUGUCAAUGGGUGGACAAAAAACUGAUAGGCAGAAGGUCUCUUCUGGUUCGUGUAGCAAAAAGAAAUGGAUUGAGUUGAGUAUAAAAGAUUUUAAACCAAAUACAUUCGUUGGCUUACAAUGCAAGGUCUACUGGCCAUUGGAUGAUGCAUGGUAUUCUGGUUGUAUUGUUGGGUAUAAUUCAGAGACCAACCUGCAUCAAGUUGAAUAUGCAGAUGGUGAUGCCGAAAGGUUGAUUCUCUCUGAAGAGAAGGUUAGAUUUUAUCUCUCUCAGGAGGAAAUGCAGCAAUUGAAAUUGAGAUGUAGCAUUAAGAAUGUGGAUAUUGAAGGCCUGGAUUAUGGUGAGCUGGCUGUGCUGGCUGCUAGUUUUGAUGACUGUCAAGAGCUUGAACCUGGAGAUGUCAUAUGGGCAAAACUUAUAGGUCAUUCUAUGUGGCCAGCAAUAGUUUUGAAUGAAGAAGCACAUAUUAGUGCUCGUGAAGGUUUAAAGCCAACUUCAGUGGAGAGAUCAAUUACAGUUCAGUUUUUUGGAACUCACGAUUUUGCCAGGAUUAGUAGGAAGCAGGUCAUCCCAUUUAUUAGAGGCCUUCUUUCUUCUUCUUUCCAUCUGAAGUGCAAGCAGACACGCUUCCGUCGAAGCUUAGAAGAGGCAAAAUUGUACCUAAGUGAAGAAAAGCUCCCAAAAGGAAUGUUGAGGCUGCAAAAUAACAUCAACACUGAUGAUUGUCGAAAUGCCAGUCCUGAGGAGGGAAAUAGAGAUUCUAAUGUUGAUGUAAUAGAUGAAGGGUCACAUGGAACACUGGAAGGCAUACAAAGUGACCCACUUGAAUUUGGAGAUCUCCGUGUAAUAAGUUUAGGAAAGAUUGUCAGGGACUCUGAUUUUCAAAAUGAGCAGUACAUCUGGCCUGAAGGCUAUAUAGCUGAGAGGAAGUUUACUUCCAUGUCAGAUCCACUUGUAAGUACCUUCUACAAGAUGGAAGUGCUAAGAGACCCUGAAACAAAGUUUCAACCUCUGUUUAGAGUUACAGCAGAUACUGGAGAACAGGUUAGUUGUUUCAUAUGUGUUUCCUUUUUCUUUCUUUCAGAGUUUGGCACUUGAUGCUGAGGCUCUGACAUAUUAUUGCGUUUCUUUCAUGAUUUUUAAGGAACUGUGGUUUUGUUGCUUAACUUACCAAUUUUUCUGAAGGGUAGUUUUG